GGCAGACGCGUCUCCCAAGGAAGUCUGAUCUACAGGUAGACAACAACCCCUCUCUCCCAAUCAACACCUUCGUUGCCCAUCAUGGCAGGAGGAGCUAUUGUCCAUGGCACCACGGACACCUCGCGGAUCGAGGCGCCGGUUACUAUCAAGGCGUACCUGAUGUGCGCUUUCGCAGCAUUCGGAGGUAUCUUCUUCGGAUAUGAUACUGGAUGGAUGGGAGGAAUCAUGGGAAUGAAGUACUACAUCAGACAAUACACCGGUCUUCCUUACCUCCCAGAGAACCCCACUGCCGCUCAAACCGCUGCCUUUGUUCUUCCCGGAUGGCAACAAUCCCUUCUCACUGGCAUCCUUUCUUGCGGAACUUUCUUCGGUGCCAUCAUCGCUGGUGAUCUCGCUGAUAAGAUUGGUCGACGAUGGACAAUCAUCUCUGGUUGCCUUACUUUCACCGUCGGUUGCAUUCUCGAAGUUGCCUCGACCACACUCGCUCUAAUGGUGGUUGGUCGCUUGAUUGCUGGUACAGGUGUCGGCUUCAUCUCAGCCAUCAUCAUCCUCUACAUGUCAGAAAUUGCACCUAAGAAAGUACGCGGCGCACUCGUCGCAGGCUAUCAAUUCUGCAUCACGAUUGGUAUCCUUCUCGCCAACUGCGUCGUGUAUGCCACCCAAAACCGCGACGACACCGGAUCCUACCGAAUUCCAGUCGCCGUCCAAUUCCUCUGGGCCAUUAUCCUAGGAACUGGUCUCUUCUUCCUGCCCGAAUCUCCACGUUACUUCGUCAAGAAGGGUAGAAUUGACGAGGCUGCUAAAGCGCUCGCCAGUGUGCGAGGACAGCCGAUUGAGAGCGAAUUCAUCCAGGAUGAGCUUGCGGAGAUUAUUGCGAACAACGAGUACGAACUCUCGGUCGUCCCUCAGACGUCGUAUAUGGCAUCGUGGACGAAUUGUUUCAAUGGCAGUAUCUUGCAUGCGAGUUCUAAUAUUCGUCGAACGCUCUUGGGUAUUGGUCUGCAAAUGAUGCAACAGUUGACCGGUAUCAAUUUCAUCUUCUACUACGGUGUUGUGUUCUUCAAGAGUUUAAACACAAUCUCCAACCCCUUCCUAAUCUCCCUAAUCACCACCCUCGUCAACGUCUGCUCCACCCCCCUUUCCUUCUGGAUGGUCGAACGUUUCGGCCGUCGCAACCUCCUCAUUGUCGGCGGCACCGGCAUGGUCAUCGCCCAAUACAUCGUCGGCAUCGUGGGCGUGACCGUCGGCCAAGACAAAGGAAAGGACACCAACACUGCCGCCGUCUCCGCCAUGAUCGCCUUCAUCUGCAUCAACAUCUUCAUGUUCGCGACGACCUGGGGUCCCUGCGCCUGGAUCGUCGUCGGCGAGGUCUUCCCGCUGCCCAUCCGCUCGCGCGGCGUCGGGCUCUCGACCAGCUCGAACUGGUUCUGGAAUUGCAUUAUCGCGAUCAUCACCCCGUAUCUGGUGGACGCGCAGUACGCGAACUUGUCGUCGAAGAUCUUCUUCAUGUGGGGGUCGUUGUGCAUUGUGUCGGUGCUGUUCGCGUACUUCCUUGUGCCGGAGACGAAGGGGCUUUCGCUGGAGCAGGUCGAUCGCAUGUUGGAGGAGGUUACGCCGCGGAAGUCGAGGAGCUGGGUGCCGCACUCUACGUUUGCGGCUGAGAUGGGGUUGGUGGAGAAGGGGGUGCGGGUGGAGGGGACGAAGGAGGUUUAGAUUGUGGUCUGAGAAUGGGUGUUGGUGAGGUAAAGGGGGAUAUUAGAUAUCUACCUAGAGAGACAGGAAGAAGAUGGCUUGACAUAGAGUUGAAACAUACCCAGCAAUCACUCAUCCAUCGACCUGAUACCAAUAAUUCUUUUCAUCUCAAUUUGUAUUGUUUCCCACUGAACUUAUCAGAAGCUCAAUCUUCCUUGAGCUUUGUGCUACGCGGCGAUGUCAUAUAUCUCGGCUACUCUCUUAAGACUCAACCAUCAUGUCUCUGUGUUGAAUCCUUGCUUCAGCGCUAUGAGAAGCCACUUAAUGCAGGUACAAAA